UCCGUAGCAACGGGCCUAACGCCUGUGGCGGGUCUGGGCCGAGCCUGAGGGACGGCGUCGAAGUUGGUCGAGAUGUCUGGUCAGCAGGGAGCGGAGAAAGUGCACACGGGCAGUGGGUUCUGGAACUGCGCCAAAGCCUCGUACAGCAAGGAGACUGUGGACGCGCUGAGGGGAUUUCUGACUUUCCUCAUCUGUCUUGACACAGUGAUGAUGCAGGAAUCCAAACUGAAUCUGUUCCAACAGAGGCAGCUAAACAGAAGGCUCCAGGAGGGUGAUUCUUUACCAGUGAAUUGUAAUCCCACAUCCAGCCAGGUGUCAGAGCCCACUCCUCUGCCACCAGCUCCAUCUCUCCGAGCCGACCUCUUCUCCAAACCACAACUACGUCCUGCGGAAAGUUGCCGUGCCGGUGGCGCAUACCAACGAGAAAAAUUUAGGCCUCGACCAACAAGAAACUUGGAGAAGGAAAAGCAACGCCUGCAGAAUAUCAUGGCUACUGGGAAGGAUGGUCCAAUGCCAGACAAGAAACAAAGACCAAAGGAGGAGGAAGAAGAGAAGCCAGAAAUUGACCGGUUCGACGAGCUAUGUAAUGAGAUUGAAGAGAGAAGGCAGUUCCUGGAGCAAAUGGAAUCCUUUGGCCGAGGGAAGGAAUUCCGUGGAAUCAUUCACGCAGAAAUUUCCCAGAAAAUCCAGGAGAUGAAGGAGAUCGACAAGAAGAGGAGCAGUGAAUUGAGGCAGCAAAUGGAGAUGGACAAGAAGAAGGGGGAAUCUGCUUGAUCAUAGUCUUAUACUAGAUAUCAAAAUAGUGUCUAAAGAAUUAAAAAUUACCUGAAAGACUCAUUUCAUAAAAACAUUUACAGCUCCACCUUCCUUAGGCAGAGUCUGAUCCCACGCAGGAAGUGCCCUCUCUGUAUGAAUGGGAUGGGAGAAUGAAAGGUCAGUGUUUGUUCUUUUUCCACCUGAUAUCAUUUGUAAGAUAAGAAAUGCAGAGUUAAAAAAGCAAUGAACAUCGACAA